AAUUACAUUUAUGCGUCAUUGUUAAACAUAAGCCACCUUAAUGUCUCUUAUUUUUCGGUUCACUUAAUAAUAGAAAAUGGAGAGUACUAGGGUUCGAGGGAGUUGCGCAGCUACCAGGGAAGAUGGCUUUUCCAGAGGACGGCAAGGGCACCAGCAACGAGGAAAUAAGAGGAAAUCAGGUGCAGAGGGUGGGAAGAAAAUGGAUAACAGAAUGCAUAGAUUUGUUCAAUUGGAUAAGUUGUAUACACAAGUUGUUGCAGGGAAUUAUCCAGAGAUACAGCAACCUGGGUUGAAUCAAGCUGUUAAUGAAGAGGUUGGUUCCUGUGCUAAACAAGAAGUUAUGGAAAAGGAUCAACAUGGGGUGGAGAUUAUUGAGUUUUCUCCAAAGAAGGAAGAAUGUCAAUGGCUUGAGGGGAGUAAGGUUGCUAUGGUAAGAUCGUUAGCGUUGGUUACAGAUAUUCAAGAAAGAAUGGAUGUGGAUGGAAGACUAAUAAUUUUAUCACCAUUAGGAGGCAGAAGGGUGUUGUUAAUGGAAAGGUUUGUAGGAUAUUUGGAUGAAUAUAUGAAGCAAAACAAGGAGUUGUUUGACACAUGGUUUGAGUUCAUUCUUCCAUGGGAAGUGGCACCUCAACUAAAUGGGAGAUUAGCAUGGAUAAGGAUUUCUAGAGUUCUGUUGAAUGCUUGGUGCGAUGGUUGUUUUGAGAAAAUUGCAGCUUCAAUAAGGGAUGUGUUAGUAAUUCAUGAGGAUACGAAGAAGAAAACAAUCUUGUGUGAUGGAAGAGGUAUGAUCCUUUGUUCUCAAGCAUGUAAGAUAUCCAAAAAUGUAUUGCUGAAAGUGGAAGAGAAGCUGUACGAGAUUACAGUGACAGAGGAAGAAUGGAGAUUAGAUCCAGAUUGGUGGUUGUCGAUGGAGGAUCGGCACAGUCCGUCGAACACUGAAUCGGAAUAUUCUUCAUCAUAGAAUUGCGAUGAGGAUCUAGAAUUGAUUAACACCGAGAUCAAUGGCGAGGAAGUCGACAGCAUUGAUGAGGCGUUGUUAAUGGAUGUGAGAAAUUUGAAUACAUAGGUUAUAAAUGGUGAUGGUGGUU